AUGACACCUUCAAUUUUAUUUGUUCUUGUUGCAGCCGCUUCAACAACUCUUGCCGAGUUCGUACCAAUCCAUGGCUGCGAAUGGGUCCCAUCUUCAACAGCAAUCAAGGACUUCGUGUUUCUCUCUGAUGCUUCGAAUACCAGCGCGAUAUCUUGGAACGCUCCCACCGUGAGCGCAUCCUGCAAGACUGCCAACGCAACUUGGCACGAAUCCGAGGGCCAUGAAUACAGUGUACCUUGUUCACCACCGGAGAACGGAAUGAUUUACGACGUCCUCCGAGUGUCAGGAGACGGCAAAACUGCGUCAAUAAGGUUCAGGACAUUCGCUCAAUGCGCGGCUGAUAUCUUCGCAUUCCACUACGAGGCGGUAUUUCCACUUGACUGCACCGAGGAUUCGGAGGGGAGUACUAGUUGCGUAGCUAAGGGGAACGUCACGGCGGAUUGCACGGCUGAACAAUACCUGCCUCCGAUGGGUUAUCCUCCUCCCUGCUAUAGAUGUGGUCGUAGUAGCUAG